AAACUCACAACUAAAUUUCCUUUAUCUAUCUUCAUAUCGCUUCUCAGUUCACUCUUUGAGAUUUCCGGCACAACGAAGAUGAAGCGUGAGGAGCAAGAAGAAAGGGACAUACUGUUUCAGACAGAUGACGACGAGGAAUGCCAAGUCAAUGACGAAGACGAUGAUUCCGGUUCAUAUUCUCCAUUAUCCCAGAACGAUUCGGCUCCAUGGCCUCAGAGUUAUCAACAAUCUGUGGAUAUCUUGACCGGAGCUAGUACACCUCCUACUACGACCAGUUUCAUUCAUCAGAGAGAUUCUCAGACAUCACUCACCAGCUCUAUCGCCUCCUUAUACAAAAGACGACAAAACUCUUUUCUAAGUUCUUUUGCUUCUUCAACAAGCAAACAACAGCUUCUCUCCCACAAAGACGAUGAUGACUCAGUCGUCAAAUCAUUACUUUCAUCGCAGCUCAAGUUAUCCAUCACAGAUCUCUCCUACGCAGAACCAGAUCUCUGCUCGUUUCCUCAAUCUGUUCUCAACGGAAUCAAUAUCCUAUGUGGAAUAGCUCUACUCACGAUGCCUUACGGGGUGAAAGAAGGAGGAUGGCUUGGGCUUUUUAUACUCUUCUUCUUCGGUAUCAUCACUUGCAACACCUGUAUUCUCCUCAAACGAUGUCUUGAAAGCUCACCUGGCCUCCGUACCUACCCGGACAUUGGUCAAGCUGCCUUUGGAUCCACCGGCCGCCUCAUCAUUUCCAUACUAUUGUAUAUGGAGUUAUACGCAGGUUGUGUGGAGUAUAUAAUCAUGAUGAGCGAUAACUUGUCGAGAAUUUUCCCAAACAUGUCACUAAACAUCGUUGGACUAUCUUUAGAUUCUUCUCAGAUCUUUGCCAUAUCAGCUACUCUUAUUGUUCUUCCGACAGUUUGGCUCAGAGACCUUAGCUUACUCUCCUAUCUCUCAGCCGGAGGGGUCUUCUCUUCGAUCAUGAUGGCUCUUUGUCUCUACUGGGUCGGGACGGUUGAUGGAGUUGGGUUUCGCCCGGGUGGACAAGCUCUUGAUCUCGCUAACUUACCUGUUGCGAUCGGGAUUUACGGGUUUGGGUUCAGCGGUCACGCGGUUUUCCCAAACAUUUACUCUUCCAUGAAAGAUCCAUCCAAGUUUCCUUUGGUGGUAGUCAUUAGUUUUGGUUUCUGCGUAUUCUUGUACAUAGUCGUAGCGAUUUGUGGCUACAGUAUGUUUGGUGAGGCCAUUCAAUCCGAGUUUACACUAAACAUGCCACAACAGUUCACGUCAUCCAAGAUCGCAGUUUGGAUAGCGGCAAUAACACCGAUGACCAAAUACGCAUUAGCUAUAACACCGAUCGUGCUAAGCUUAGAAGAACUUAUGCCGUCGUCACAGAGAUCCUACGGAGUAUCUAUGUUUCUUAGAACGAUUUUAGUUCUCUCAACUUUGGUCGUCGCACUUACACUCCCAUUUUUUGCGAUCAUGGGGGCUUUGAUGGGAUCAUUCCUUGCAAUGCUUGUCGCUGCUAUUAUUCCCUGUCUUUGUUAUCUCAGUAUCUUGAAGGGUAAAUUGAGUAAGACGCAAAUUGGAAUAUGCGUUUUCAUCAUAAUCUUUGGCGUUGUAAGCGGUUGCUGCGGGACGUAUUCCGCCAUUGGAAAAUUAGUAGGAGAAUUGAGUUGAUAUGGUACACUCUGAUGAACAAUGAAACGUAUAAGGCUUAGGCUCAACUAAUUCAUUAUUCUUGGGCUUUAAAUGACUCGCUAUUAAACUGUCCAAACCAAGUUUUCUGAAUUUUCCUUUUCUAAAAUAAAAUAAUUAAAUUAUAAUUGACAAAUCCAUCUCACACAUGCGAUCUUAAAAACUGUUGAAUGAAGUGAAGAUCGUUUGUGCUA